UUGCCCUCUUCUUUCUUUCCUGCGUCGCCUCGCCUCGCCUCCCUCGCAAUCCACCGCUUCCAUUCUCCUCCGCAUCCGCGACGCCAUCUGCGCUGCGAGGACGAGGGGAGGAGGGGUAGGAGACGCUACAGCCCGCCGCCCUCCCCGUCGUGCCGCCGCCGCCGCCGCCGCCUUCCCUUUGCGAUGCCGCAGCGCGCGAGCCGAUCCGCACCGCCGCCAUCUCGUCGUCCGGCCAUCUCCACCUCCUCUCGACAUUCUCCCCCUUGCGCCGCCGCCACCCUCCCCUCGCACCACCGCAUUGCCCACCCUUCCUGCCAUCCCUCCCAACCAUCGCGGACCAAGAUCCGGCGGGACGGGCGCACGGCCAGCGGCUCGCGGUGGCCUGCGGGGCCAGCAACUGCGGCAGGAGGGCGAGGCCCGCGCGGAUCUCGGCGCCCUGCGACCUCAAGCUGUGGCCGCGGUCUCCCGUCCCCGCUUGAGCAUGCUGUGAAGGCCUUCAAGUCAACGCGGCCGGGCACGUGGAUCUCCCGCAAUUGACAACAAGCAAGCAACGACGGUCAGCGACCGCUACACCCGGCGGCGGACAUAUGCUGGUAGCGGCAGGGCCUCACCACAAGGGAUGCGAAGCGGCUGGUGCGCCUUGCCGGACCGAUGGCGGCAAGCUAGAGAUUUCAGUGCUUUCAAUUUGGGCGUUCGGUUCAUCUCUGCCAAUAGCAUGAGAUUCCAAUCAUCAUCACAUGAUUUUCGUUUACCGGGGCUUCCAUUCCAAGCUUAUCACACUUCUUCCGACCUUCCAGCACCACUCGCCGCCAAUGCGGAAGGAUGCCGCCGAAAAGAAUGGAACGCUGCUUCGCUCUGCUGGAUGCGUUGGAUCCAACCGUUAAUCUACUAUCUAAUUUUUCAUAAUUCUAUGCAUUGUAAUGCUGGAGACAGAUCAAUUUGGAGCAAGAUUAAGAUGAUUACUUACUAGGUGUGAGGUCUGUCUUCCUGCAGAGAGAGGAGUUCCCUAAUUCCACCGCAGCAACUGUGACCAAUCACCACAAUGCACUUAACCUGCAAAAUUCGUGCAUCAACUAGUCCUUUGAAUGGUCAGAAGAAAUUGUGUUUCUGAUAAUUUGUAGAAGGCAAGGUUUUGCCAGACAAUAGCAUAGCUCCCAAUAUUGUUGAAUUCUAAAAUUAUUCUGUUCCUCUGGACAAAUUACAGUGAGUUAAGAAAA